CUCCACCUCCAAAAGUACGGAGCCUCUGCUUCAAACUUACAAGUGAAAGGGAGCGACGACAGAGGAGGAGUUGAUCAUGUUGAACACUGCAGCGCGGUGUGCAGAACAGACAAAAACACUUCUGAUAGUCAAAAACCUAAAGAUAGCGACUAACAGAAGAGACGAAGGUAUACACGGAGACACGGAGACAUUCGUUAGAGUGGUUAUUCGAGUGCGUAACGGUUAGAUAAGAUGAUGGAACUUGGGUGGAUUUGCACGUUAUUGAGCAACUUGGAGAGCACGCACCAACGAAAGAGUAACUAUAUCGUCUACAUGCCAACGGUUUGGGAGAUAACACUGAAGAAGAACUAACUAUUUCGUUCCACAUAGACAGUUACAGAAUAAUGUCGGGUAUGAAUAACAGCACGAUGACAAGUGGGCCCCGGGAGCCUACUAUCCCGGUGAUUAUGUUUAUAUUCGGAGUGGUGGGGAACGUCAUCGCCAUCGUGGUGCUCCGAAAGUCUCGGAAGGAACAGAAGGAAACCACCUUUUACACCCUGGUGUGCGGGCUUGCAGUGACCGACCUUUUGGGCACGCUACUGGCCAGCCCCGUCACCAUCGCCACCUAUGUGCAAGGGAAGUGGCCGGGUGGAGAGUCACUGUGUCAGUACUCCGGCUUCAUCCUUCUCUUCUUCUUUCUAGUCGGCCUCAGCAUUAUCUGUGCCAUGUCAAUAGAGAGAUACUUGGCUAUAAACCAUGCGUAUUUCUACAACCAUUGCGUGGACCAAAGACUUGCUGCGUUGACGCUUGCGGGCAUCUACAUUUCUAACGUGCUGUUCUGCGCGCUGCCUGCCAUGGGGCUGGGGAAAGUGAAUAAACAGUUCCCAGGGACCUGGUGCUUCAUCGACUGGCGGACUAAUGACACGCAUGCCGCCUUCUCCUACAUGUACGCCGGGGUGAGCUCCUUUCUUAUCCUGGCCACUGUGAUAUGCAACGUGCUGGUAUGCGGGGCGCUGAUUAUGAUGCACAAGCGGUUCAUCCGCAGAACAUCGCUGGGUACGGACCAGGGAGGACGCAUAGCGGACCUGAGGCGCAGACGGAGCUUCCACCGAUUGGCCGGCGCAGAGAUCCAGAUGGUCAUUCUGCUCAUCGCUACCUCCGUGGUUGUUCUCAUCUGCUCCAUACCUUUGGUGCUGCGGAUUUUUGUAAACCAGCUGUCCAGGAUUGAAUUUGACCUCCGUUCAACUCCCAUAGAGAAGAACCCAGAUCUCCACGCCAUCCGAAUUGCCUCCGUCAACCCCAUCCUCGACCCCUGGAUCUACAUCCUGCUGAGGAAGACCGUCCUACUGAAGCUGGUAGAGAAGAUCAAGUGUUUGUUCUGUCGCUUGGGCAGUCAGGGGCGGGGCUCAGGGGUCAGUGGUCAAUUCUGCUGCGGAGGUGAAGAUCAUCGGAAUUCGUCCAUCGUCUCCCUGGACUCCCCGUCACUGGUGUCCCGCGAGUUGAAGGACAUCAUCAGCACCUCGCAGACAUUUCUUUACCUUCCAGAGGGGACUAAAGGGGGGCUGGGGGGGUUUAGAGGGACAGGGGGAGAGGGAAGACCUAGCCUCCCUGCUGUGGAGCACUCCCUGCUCCGGGACCAACAGACACCAGCGGGUAAGGGGAUGCAAAACGAUCCCAAAAAGGGCCUCAGGAUAUCAAUGAGGUCAGAGGGGACAGUUGACCCUUCACGUCUGAACAGGGUGCAAUUGGACCGAAAGGACAAGACUCUGCAUGUGACAUUUACAGACGAGACACUAAACUUACAGGAGAAAUGCAUCUGAUGGACACAAACACAAACUCAGCCAGAGUGGCUGAUAAUACAGAAAAGUCACAGAGGGAAGGGAAUUUAGGACUUCUAAUAGCCUAAAAGGUUGGGACUUCUGACGGGUUGAACUGAAAUACACGUUGAUAAACUGAACUCACAGGUGAAGGAUUUCUGGGAGCUGUGCAAACACACGGUUGGUUUUACUGACAGCUGACACGAUAAGAGGAGGAGUAGUAAUCGUUCUAUAGUGAUUGUGUUAUUCUUCGAACUUUGAGUUCAUUGGUGAUGCUCCAAAAUGGAAUGUCAGCCGAGCAGAAACAUGAUGUCCUGUUUAGGGUUUGGACAAAAUGGAAAUACGGUGCCAAAGUGGAUUGUAGGAGAUUGGAUCUAUCGACAUUGGUGGAUCUAUUGUAUAUGUCACGGUCUUAUUACAAGAAUACCAAUAUAAUAUACCAGCACACACAUCAGUAAUGAACAUAAAAUGUCAUAUGAACUUUUAUAAAGACUAUAAGGAGAUUUCAUUGCACUUUUCAAGAACCAUUGAAAGGCUGUCAGAAUGCUAUCAGUAUAGAAUGUUGUUUACCACUGACUACUACUACAAACGUUGUGAUAUACUGUAAAUAGUUAUUAGGCUACAAUGUGAACUGUGUCCCGUAACAUGAAUUAAUUUUUUUAUGAAAAAAUAAAUGUUUCUUCUCUGUGAGAAGGUCAAGUUAGUUUGUAUCCAUUUAAAAUUGUUACAAGAUGGAUUAAAACAGUAUGCUACAUUUCAA